AAUCAAGUCAAGGUCUUAUUAUUUCAAGCGCCUAGGAGACCAACAUUUCAUAAAACCCUUCAAUUCUACAUCGACCAAGAAGAAAUUUUAGGAAGCAAAAAUGGCCUGGAAAACCGAUACUGACCUCGAAAAUUCCGACCCAAUUUCAGAUUCCGGCGAUGUUGAGUGGCCUUGUAAACCCGUCGUUGAAUCGUCAGGCUGGCCUACUAGCUGGCAAAACGACAGUAACAAAUCAAAGCUACAAACCCCUUUACCUACCGCCGAAGACGAAGCUGCGAACAACAGUCAACUUCCGGCAUUGCUCAAAGUUGCUGAAUAUUUGAACUCCACACUCAGUCUAGACGACGAUGACGAGUUUUCUGAGUAUAUAGGUGAAAAUGGGGAUUAUUUCAUCAAUGACGAUGAGGGUUUUCUGGAUGGGGAAGAGGGGUUUCAGGACUAUGAUUUUUUUGUGAAGUUGUUUAAGCAGGAUGAUGGGUUAAGAGAGUACUAUGAGAAGAAUCUUGAGAAUGGGGUGUUUUGUUGUCUUGUUUGUUGUGGGGUUCGUGAGAAAGGGUGGAAGAGGUUUAAGGAUUGUUCGUCUCUUGUUCAGCAUUCCAUUAGCAUAGCGAAAACCUCUAAGAGACGAGCUCAUCGGGCUUACUGUACGGUCGUCUGUGAAAUUCUUGGCUGGGAUGUUGAUAGCCUGCCUUCCAUUGUCCUCUCUACUGGCGUUAAGCUCGGUGAAUCUUCUGAUAAACCAGUUAAGGCUCAGGGCAAUGUCGAUGAUGGUGUUGAUGACAGUUUGAGUGGUCAGUGCAAAUACACAAGUUCUGUUAGUGUCAGUGUGACUGAAGUGUCUCUGUCGAAAUUGUCUUUGAUUGAUGAAAGGCAACCAGGAAAAGAUUGUUGCUCUGCAGAAUUAGAGCAGGACUCUCUAAGUGAAGCCACUGUUGAUAGAAGCUUGGGCGAUCUCGGCAAAGGUACUUCUGACACAACGAAAGAGAAUUCUGAGGGGGAGAAUUCUGUGAGCAAAGCUGGUGUUGAUGGACUCUUGGAAGAUCUCAGCCUUCUUACUCUUGAAACACAAAAAUUGAAUGGAAAGGGUGCAUCUGAUCGUGUGGUGCCUUAUGAAGAAACUGGGGAAUCCUCCAAGCUGGCAUAGUUUCCGCGAAGGGAACAAGGUGGCACAAAUUUUGGCAACUGAAGAUUCCAAGAGAUCUACUCUCAGCUUAGUGUUUUUGUUGAAUGCACAGCCAUGUUUUAGUACCAACCCUACAACAAGAUAAUAGUUAGUAGUACUGCCAACUAUGGUGUAACCGCUCGGAACGUAAGCACUUGAGAUCUCAUGUUCUAGGUUAUGCCAUAAUUUCUAGUUUUUGCUUGUUUAUAGUUGCAUGUUGUUGAGAUUUCGAAGAAUAUGUUUUUGUAUUUAGAUGGAAAAUCUCUGUUGGAUGAAUGAGGAAACCACUCUGUUUAAAAAGACUUAAUAGUAGUUGAUUUGGCAUUGACAACA